AUGUUUUCUACAUCUCCUGGAUUCAAGUUAACAACUAUGACUCCUUUGAGUAUUCAUCACAAAAUAGAAAUUAUUGAAGAUGAACCUGAUGAUUUAGAAUUGGAACAUUCUAAAAUAUCCUUUAAUGAAAAUCUCAUAGUUUGUACAUACAAACCAUGGUAGAGUGUUACAAUGAUUACAAAGACAAUUUUAAAGUUAAAAGGAUAGCCUAAUACACAUUGGAUAAAUCCAAGUCUUAGAACUGAAGAAAUUAAGAGAUCAACCUCUAUAUUGAGACACUCAUCAUCUCCAACUAGAAUUUCAUCAAUAUUCUUUUGA